AUGGCCCCUGUCGCAUCUGGACCUAACGGCGCUUUCGCCUCCAACGGCGCGCCAGCCCAAGCUGCUCAAGCCCCUAUCGAUCCCACGGCUGCUCGCCAUGAGGACAAGGAGACCAUCCGCAUCGACUCUCCCAAUGUCACUUACAGCGCCGAGGAUAUCAAGAGUCGCUAUGAGUACAACACUACCCACGUCCAGAAGAGCACCAAUGCUCAGGGCAAGACCGAGUACGUGGCCAAGCCAGUCAAGAGCACUUACGAGUUCAAGACGGAGACCAAGGUGCCCAAGACUGGUCUCAUGCUCGUCGGCUGGGGCGGCAACAAUGGUACCACCAUCUCAGCUUGCAUUCUAGCCAACAAGCACAACAUCACGUGGCACAACAAGGAGGGUCUCCAGACUCCCAACUACUACGGCUCGCUCGUGCGCGCCUCGACUAUUCGUCUUGGUGAAGACCCCGAGACUGGCAAGGACGUGUACGUUCCUUUCAGUAACCUGCUGCCAACUGUCCACCCCAACGACUUCGUCGUCGGAGGAUGGGACAUCAGCGGCCACUCGCUCACUGACGCCAUGACGCGCGCCAAGGUCCUCGACUAUGACCUUCAGCGCCAGGUCGCCCCGUACAUGGCCGACAUGAAGCCCCUGCCAUCGGUUUACUACCCCGACUUCAUCGCUGCCAACCAAGGCGAGCGUGCCGACAACGUCAUCCCUGGCAAUGACAAGGCUGCCCACGUCGAGCACGUCCGCAAGGACAUUCGCGACUUUAAGCAAGCCAACGGGCUUGGCAAGGUCAUCGUCGUCUGGACUGCCAACACUGAGCGCUACGCCGAGAUCAUCCCUGGUGUCAACGACACUGCCGACAACCUUCUCAACGCUGUCAAGAACAGCCAUGAGGAGGUUUCGCCUUCGACCAUUUUUGCUGUUGCCUGCAUCCUCGAAAAUGCCCCCUACAUCAACGGUGCUCCCCAGAACACCUUCGUUCCUGGUGCCAUCCAGCUUGCUGAGCGCCACCGCGCCUUCAUCGGCGGUGACGACCUCAAGACUGGUCAGACCAAGGUCAAGAGUGUGAUUGCUGAUUUCCUGGUGAACGCUGGUAUCAAGCCUCUUGGUAUCUCCUCUUACAAUCACCUGGGCAACAACGACGGCUACAACCUGUCCUCUGCCCGUCAAUUCCGCUCCAAGGAGAUCUCCAAGGCCAGCGUCGUCGACGACAUGGUGUACGCCAACCACCUGCUGUACAAGCGUGGAAGCGAGGCAGACAAGGCGAGCAGCGCCAAGGCUGUUGCCGAGAAGGGCGAGCACCCCGACCACAUCGUCGUCAUCAAGCACGUUCCCGCUGUUGGCGAUCAAAAGGUGGCUAUGGACGACUACACUUCCGAGCUUUGCCUCGGCGGUCGCAAUCGCCUGUACCUGACCAACUUGUGCGAAGACUCGCUGCUGGCCAGCCCUCUGCUCAUCGACUUGGCCAUCAUGGCUGAGCUGUGCACUCGCGUGACCUACUCGGCGCGCGAGGGACCUGCAGCCGACAGCCCUGCCAAGCCAGAGGAGUUCCAGAGCCUGUACUCUGUCCUCAGCUUGCUCAGCUACUCUCUCAAGGCUCCGGUCGUCAAGCCCGGCAGCGACGUUGUCAACUCUCUCGCUCGUCAACGCUCUGCCGUCACCAACUUUAUGCGCGCUUGCGUUGGUCUGCAGCCAGAGAAUGACCUGCUCCUCUCUCAGCGCCUUUGGUAA